UGAAUUUCUCUAAAAAGUUUUCUGUUUAUUUUCAAGGUGAUCUCGCAGAUAUGUUGUCUUUUACGGAAAAGAGAACAUCCUCAGCUAAGCUAGCAGAGUGGAGUCCGUCAGACUGGCCAGAAUCUCUACGAGAAAUGAGGACGAUCGACAAUCUGCUGCGAUGUUCUAUUUGCUACGAAUUUUUUGACGUCGCAUUGAUAACUCCAGAAUGCUCCCACAACUAUUGCUCACUUUGCAUCAGGAGAUCCCUCAGUUAUGACACAAAGUGCCCCACUUGUUCCUUGAAAGUCACUCCUCUUAGUUUGAAAAAUAAUAGGGUAUUGGAUGAAUUAGUCAAAAAUUUCAUCAAAGUCAGAACAAAACUCCUAGAGCUAACAACAAAUACAGUGCAGGUCACAAGUUUACAGUCUGGAGACAAAAAGGGUGGUGAAGCAAAAAACGAAAAAAGCAUCAACACCUCUAAAAAAAACAUAAAAAGGAGAAAGUCAAGUUCUCAAAACAAUACAACCUCUACAAGUCCAGAUACAAAGAGACAGAAACUUGAUGCAGAGAAUGAACAAGACUUGAUUCUGGUUGAAGUAGCUGAAAAUGAUAAGGAGGAAAACUCAAGCAGACAAUCAACCCCAGAGGUUGCAGUCAUUGAAAUGGAAAAACAAGUGCAAGAACCACAGCCAUCAGAACCACAAUCAUCAGAAACACAGCCAUCAGAAUCACAGCCAUCGGAGCCACAGCCAGUGAUUAUCAGUGAACAUAGAUCUGAUGAAAGACAACCGUCACAGCCACAAGAUCCAGAGUUAGCUGAGUGUCCAGUUUGUGGUGACAUGAUCCUGCACAGGAAAAUUAAUUCUCAUCUUGAUGCUUGCCUUAACAGAACAGAAAAGAAAAGUUCUUUACGAAUCAGGAAAAAAUCAAGUGAACCCUCAACUAGUAAAUCAAGCAAGCACAAGAGUCCAGUUAAUGUAGGGCUGCAAGAUUCACCUGCUUGUUCAAGUAGUGAACCAGGAUCAUCUACAACAGAGCAAGAAGUUUCUUUCGCAGCAGUGUCAUCCAACAUGACAAUUAAAGGCUCUAAUGCUUUGAUCCGAAUGAUUCAGAGAAGAAAGCCUCUUCCAAAACUUGUAUACAAUGUCAUGUCAGACAAGGAAUUACUGAAAAGAUUAAAAGAAUGGAAUUUAUCAACAAAGGGAAAUCGAACAACACUUAUCAAAAGACAUCAAGAAUUUGUAAUGCUUUAUAAUUCACAGUGUGAUUCAGAAAAGCCCAUGACAGCUGCACAAAUUGUAAGGGAAGUGGAAAAAGCUGAACUAACAAAGGAGAGAGAGGCAGCAUCUGUAGCUGAAGCUCCCACAUCUCAUGGUGUUCAUUUUACAAAAGAUCAAAGCGAGAAGGAGAUGGACCAAGUUCGUCAGGAAUACUUGAAUCAACAUAAAAAUGAGUUUGAAAAGCUGAUAGCUGAUAUGCAAAAGAGAAAGAAAGGGCAAAGAAAUAAAUCUGCCAAAAAGACUCCAGAAAGUGAAAGUUUGGAGGCAUUAAAGACUGACCCCACUGAUGAAGACGUGGACAAGAUAGACCAAGAUAAAAGUGACACUUAUGAGCAGGAAAUCAUGGAAAGCAGAAAGAUAUCACAAUCAAGUGAUCAAACAUAUCCACCUUUCUUUAGGAAAAGCACUGCUGCUCCAGCUUUAUCAAAAGAUGGCAACAGCAGGACUUCAUCAGUCAUCCCAGAGCCGCCAUCUUCUCCAAGUCUGGUGUCCUUGGAGGAGGAUGAGCCAGGUACACCAUCACUAGGCUUAGAGGAUGAUGAUUGGGACCUUAAAGAUGAAGAAUCAGAGGAUCCCAGUGUUAUUCCAGAAAGCCCAGUGAUAAAAGUUGGUUCAAAAACAGCAGAUGAAAGAACAGACAAGGAUACCGAUAGUGAUGAGGAAUGUCAACAGACAUUUUUUAAGAAUAAAAAGGUCAAAUCUAACCUGUUUUAAUGUAGGUUUUGCCCUAUAGUGCAAAAUUUUAAUUCUUGUAAUCAUUAACCUCCUAACCUCUUUGAUCAGAAAGGUAACUCUCUCAACUGAUAUUGUCGACAAGUGAGGAGAGAUGUUACAUGUAUAUACUUAAAUGUUAUUUUACAAUUAAUUAUAUUCCUAAUUCUCAUCACCCCUAUUUUUUUUGAAACUACAUCAGUGCAAGGAGAAUGAAGUACAAAUUAAGCCACAAAUUGUUUUAAAUAUGAAAAUCUUGAAAUUCAUUGUAGAAGAUUUUGAAGUCUAUAUCAAUUCAAUUGUGAGAAACUGUAUUUAAAGACUAGGUGUGUCUUGAAUACUUCCAUCAAAAAUAUCCUUACCCAUUCAGCUGUGUCCAAAUUUGAAAAUAUCAGUUUGCAAAGUUAAAUUAUAAAG